AUGGACAUUAACAUUGAUGAUAUUCUAGCAGAAUUGGACCGAGACACUACCGUAGUGGAUCAGUCAGAUCCUCUGCUGCCUAGUGAUGGCAACACAACGAUGAUAGAUUCGUCUCUCGACCCAUCGAGGAUGGACGUGGAAAAGGAAUCGCCAGGCGUGGUGACAGCAGAGGCAGAUUAUAGAAGGCUAAUCACAUUGUGGAGAAACGAGCGGUGUUCGCCAGAACUGCUGCCGUAUCCCAGCUCUUUGAUGAGCCGCAUGUUGAGACGUUUGCAAGCGCAAAUGGACAACAUCGAAAGUAUCGCGAUGGGGUUUUUUGAGGACUCUGAUAAUCAUGAAUCAGUAGAUGAGUACGCAGCCCCACAUCCUGCCUCCACUAACAACAAACUCCCGUUGCUCUGUAUGGAAGCGGAUCUCGAGAGACUAAGAUUUGUAAUAAGAAGUUACUUGCGAUGUCGAUUGAGUAAGGUCGAUGAAUAUGCCCUCUAUCUGAAGCAACUAGAACAAACAGAGAAGGAGAUUAUGCCCUUGAAUGAACUGCUAUCUGCGCAGGAACUCGAGUAUCAUGAAAGACAUUUUACCAUCCUAUUGAAGUUACUAAAUAAUUCCGUACUGAAACAUAUGCCAUCCGAAUUGCAGGCUAUCAAUGAUACGGAGGGGAGUGUGAGCAUGAUCGAUGAACCAGAUUGGAACAAAUUUGUAUUCGUAUACGUCAAGACACCAUCCGCAAACCAGCUGCAAUAUGAGCCAGCAUUGAGUACUGGCGAGUAUGGCAAAUCAUGCUACACUGUCAAUAUUGAGGAAUUGGAGGAAGAUGUCGAGCUUGCGGUCGGUGGAAUAUAUGUCAUGCGCUAUUUGGUCAUCAGAGAGUUGCUUCGAGAAGACAAGAUUGAACUGAUAUAG